AUGCAUUCUUUGGCUCAUCACAACAACCAACAGUUACAAUUUAUUCAGUUGCAACCAGUUUCGGCGUUGACUAACCCGAACUCGUUGAAUGUGGGUGGUGCAACAAAUCUCCACGGAAUUCCCAUGGGCGGUGACCCCUGGGGAGCUGGCGCAGGUGCGCCAAUGAACUUACCAAUACAGCAUCAACAAAAGUUGGAUCAAAUGGAGGAGGAUAAAAUUUUUUCCUUGAUAACCGAGUUGACAAAUCCGGCGAACCGCGAAUUGGCCUUGUCGGAAUUGAGUAAGAAGCGGGAGCAAUAUGACAACUUGGCCUUGAUAUUAUGGCAUUCUUUUGGUGUGAUGGCCGCAUUGUUGCAGGAAAUAGUUUCGGUGUAUCCUCUUCUUUCCCCUCCCGCACUUUCAACCCAAAUAUCGAACCGAGUUUGCAAUGCAUUGGCCUUGCUGCAAUGUGUCGCGAGCCAUAGUGAAACCCGAGGAUUGUUCCUUAGCGCUCACAUUCCAUUGUUUUUGUACCCAUUUCUCAACACGACGAGUAAGGCAAGGCCGUUCGAAUAUCUCAGGUUAACUAGUCUGGGUGUCAUCGGUGCCCUUGUUAAGAACGACAAUCCGGAUGUGAUUUCUUUUCUUUUGUCCACCGAAAUCAUACCACUCUGUCUACGUAUCAUGGAAACAGGCAACGAGCUAUCUAAAACGGUGGCCAUUUUUAUAGUGCAAAAAAUUUUGUUGGAUGAAAUGGGUUUGGCAUAUAUCUGUGCGACCUAUGAACGAUUUUAUGCUGUUGGAACUGUUUUGAGCAAUAUGGUUACUCAACUUGUGGAGAUACAGUCGGUCCGAUUGUUGAAACAUGUCGUUCGAUGUUAUCUUCGUCUUUCGGAUAAUCCAAGAGCACGUGAAGCUCUUCGUCAAUGUCUACCAGAACCUCUUCGUGAUGCCACAUUUUCACAAGUUCUGAAAGAUGACAUAGUUACAAAGAGAUGUUUGGCUGCUCUUCUUGUUAAUCUUUCUGACAAUGUUGUCACCACAAAUUAA